AGAGCUCAUUAAAUAAAUGAAAACAUAAAUAAACUCAUAUAGACACAAAUCGGCUUAAAAAUGGUAAAUCUUAAGCAUUCUGCUGCUUAUUUGUAUCGGCAAUAUGAGCUGGCGACCUGUAUCAACAUGUUCGAGCCGUGGGAAAAGAAAUUAAUCAACGGAUUCGUGUUAAUCAUGUUGACACUUGUUAUUUUCUCAAGUUGCGUCUAUCUGCCCAGCUAUAUGGGCUCGCUGCUGGAGGUCAUAACGCCAACUAGUUGGCCAAGUAGCCAGCCGGCAGGAACUGGUUUCAUGUCUCAAAAGAUGCGCAGCAUUUAGAAUUUGAAAUGGGAACACGCUCUCCGGAGCAGCAAUAUCAACACCCAAUAGUUUAAUUAGACGCUUUAAAUACUCCCGCAAAUGGAUAACUAUA